AGUGGGUUGGCGGCAGCAGACUGAGUGGCGUCUCGUUGCAAAAGCUGCCGCCGCACGUGUAUUUCUCUCAAAUCCCACACAAAAAACGAACCAAACGCACAAAAAAUCAAUCAUAUCGUAACGAUUUUCUAAAAAUUUUGUGUUCGUCUUUGCAAGUGAAGUGCUAGUGCUUUUCGGUAAUUAAUUCUAAGUUUGUGCCGCAACGAAACUUAACACUAAUUAGAACGAGAUAAGAAUAAUUGAGUUUUUGACGAGCUCCAUUUAAGAUGUGUGUCGAGGUCGCGCCGCAAAAGCUCGUCGUUGUCAAGUGAAGAAAAUCGAAUUUUUUCACCACCAUGAACAGAGACGAGGUGCACAUUCGCGAUCGUCUCCUGCUUCUGGCGGAAUGUUCAAAUCCGCACAAACCGUUCAACGUGAAACGCAAAACGACGCUCACGAAACAGGGCUCGAAAACUGGACCGAAAUUAAGCGUCCAGGAUUUCGUGCGGAUGGAUCCUGGAUAUACGCCGGAUAUCGAGCACCUGGUCUUCCCCGCAAGAAAAAGAAAUCCACAACAGGUGGCGCCAAUUAGCACGACAGGGAAGACCAGGAGCAGAUUAGCGGAAAUGUUCGCCUUAAGCAGACAUCUGCAGCAGAGGAGCACCGACAGGGACACGAAAACGAGGAAUCCCACGGUCAAUAGGAGCGUCGAUAGCGCCAGUGCACCACCACCUAGGAGGUGGGUGUCCGGUUCUGAAGAACCGGUCAGAGGCAAUUCCAACACUAGGAUCAGUCCAGCCGCGGAGUCCGACAUGGCCGCUGCGAGAGGUCCCAACGUCUCCGUGCUGCACCUCCGCGCCACUUCCACCGACCCACCGUGGGAAUCAGCCCCUUACAAGCCCAAAACCCUCACCAAGCACCAGUCACUAGGUGGUGGAGGCUACAAAUGGAGCAACUCCUCCAACUUCCACUCCGUCAGCGAGGUGAACAACUUCAACAGCGUCAAUCGGGAGUUGUCGCCGGUGCGGUGGUGCGACCGGGAGGUCGAUGGGGUGUAUUUGGGGCGGUCUGGGUGGGUGCAAGUCCAGCAGCGGUCACUUGAUGAGAACCGAAGGGUUUUCCAGCCCAGUCGAAGGGUGGGGAUCAAAUUAUCGGAGUACCAUUUCAAUAGUGAGCCGGGGGAGGUGGCAAGACCCGCCCACUUGUCUCUAAACGAGGGGAAGAAACCCGAGAAUUUCUCCCCCCCACCUGUCACGCCCAUCAUAUCCCCCCCACCGGCGUUCCAAGACAAGAACAAGAGAGGGGGCACUCAGACUAGGACUUUUUUCGGGAAAACGCCCUUCCUCCCAAGGGCGAAUGCCAUAGACAGCGACGAAAUAAGCCCGCCUCCCACCCCCAAAGCCGUCAAGGUCAAGUCAAUGUCAAUGCCGUCUCAAAUCCGCAAAGUCAAUAUAGGGACAGGUCGGAUCCCCCAGACCAAAAGCAUGGAGGACACCACAGCAGCUAGACGACUCCUCUUCGUCCAAAGACACGAAUCCUCCUCUUCUUCGUCCUCCUCCAUGGGGUUUCGCAGUCUAGACAGCUGUGUCAAUCGUCCAGCUAUGCCAAGACUGUCGGAAAACACCGAUUCGUCAAUCGAUGUGUACGAAGACGCGGACGAGGAGGACAAUAACAGCUCCUCCAUCAACAUCAGCAUGGUCAAUAUCACGCCCCCCAAGGAGAAGAUCUCGCCCUCCAACCGCCCCAACCGCCUCCAGUACUACCGCAGCCAGCUGCGCAAGACACCAACGGUUGGGGAAACCACCCCCAGUUGCCCAUCGCCGGGCUCCUCCUCCAGCAGCAGUCCGGAGUUUCCCUCCAGGUCGCCCAUGGGCUCCACCCAGCAGCUGAGGAGGGGGACGGCAGCCAGGGCCAAAAUGCCCCAGCAGCAGGAGGAGCAAAGAGUGAGGAGGUCGAGGAGUUUGCAAUUGCCGGAUAAAAAUUAUCCGCUGAGGGUUAGUCCCCAGCAUUUGGAACGGACUAAUAUCAAGAUGGGGACGCAGGUUAAGAGGCAUAAUAAGGUGGAGAGUACGCUGACGGAGGAGGAUUUGAGGAGGGAGGCGGAGAUUGUUAGCAAUUUUCUCUAUGGGAGUCGGACGAGAGCUGCAGCACAGGCGCUUCUAAUGCAAAGGUACAACAGCAUGUCAAAAGAAGACAAAGAAGUCCAAAAACCGAGCUCUUACUUCCCGAAAAAAGAGCGUCCCAAAGUCCUCCAUCGUGGCUCCACGACCCCCAACCUGCCCCUCGGCCCGAAGCACGUCUUCGGGCCCCAGGAGCCCCCCAAGAACCCAUGCACGUCCGAAACGUGCGACUUUUGGCCGCACUGCGCCCAUCGCGAGUCCAUAAUGCGUUCGUCCCAAAGCUACCCAACCCAUCGGCCCAAAGUGCCCGAAAAGGGCGCCAACUUUGGCACGGUCAGUGGCUCGUCCAGUGGUAGUGAAGUGUGGUUGACAACAGUGGCGAAAAAAACAUCGGGCGCGUCCACGCCCGAGGACCUGGGGGACGGGGGCAAGCGGCCAGGGAGUGCGCCCACGGAGGAGAGGAGCAAUGGGUUCUUGGAGUCGCAGCAAAGGUCCAUGUCGCUGCCCAAGUCGUUUCUGAGCGUCGGGCAGCAGCAAGGUGCCCUUCCGGUCGUCGGCGAAGUGAGCGAGGAAGAGCAAUCGCCUCACAUUGGCGGCCAGUUUCCGUGGAGGCGGCGUGGCACCGAAAGUUUGGGCUCCUCCCCCGGCCUGCCCCGGAAGUUGGUCACUCAAAGUAGCGAAACGUCGCAUACCGCCCCCGUGACGCCUCUACACGAAGGAAGCCGUCGGAGAUCCCCUCUGGGUGUCGUCGGCCGUCGUGCGAAAGCUUCCUCAACUCCACAACUGUUAGAAGCAGCAACUCCAGCUUCGGAAAACAGGAAGUGGAGCGAAAAUACAGAACAAACGAACGAAACCCGAGUCAAUACGCAGACCAAGGAACCGACAACACGCAGGAAUUUACCCGCGACAACAAGCACCGAAAGUGUCCUCCAAAAAUUCCGCAAGACUUUUUCUCUGCGUUUCCACCCGAAAAAACAAUCAUCAUCAUCGAAUCGAGACAGCUGCGAUUUGGGAGAGGCUCUCUCGGAAAUGCUCGGCGAGCCGUCCGAGGACGAACCGUCGGAGCCGAAGAGCAGAUUUGGUCCCCUAAUUUGGCGUUCGAGCAAAGAAAGAAAGAAGUUGAAUAAGGCGGCACGCAACGCAAAGUGUAACAGUGGCGAUAGCGGGAUUCAGAUCGAGAUGAUGCCGGGAUGUGGAGGCGCCGACAGUUCCGAAUCGCACGACACCGAUCCACCUGGUGAUGAUUUGGAUAGUCCUCCGUCUGUCAGAAGGAGGACUGUUGCGAAAACCGCCUCCAGACCGCACUCCGACCUCCUCAAUCAAAUACUCAUCGAUAAGUUUAAGUCUGAUUUAAAACAGCGCCCCCAUCGUCACAACCAAGUCCGUCGCACCCGUUCCGACCUCGGCGGCCAACGCCUCCUCCAGUGGGACUCCCGUUCCUCCUACAAACGUCUCAUGUCCAACCCCAGCCCCCUCCGGGGCCGCCCUCAAAGCCCCCGCAAGAAACCACCAGAUGCACCUGGAGGCGUCCAACUGCGCUUAAACCACCGCCGUGGCCAACUGCGCCGCUCCCUGAGCCAACCCCUGGACAUCGACAAGCUUUCGCCGCUGAUGCGCACCAAAACCGCCGGUUUAAAAACGACCGGUUCCGCCACAACCUCCGACGACGAAGCGAUGUCCGACUCCGAAUCCUCAAUCGCCAGUCUGACCGACCGCAAGAAAUCGCUCGAGAUGGUGAUUUUGGCCGAGGCCGUCUUCGACCACGUCGCUUUCGAGGCCGAAGAGUUGGCUUUUCGGGCCGGCGACUUGAUUGAGGUGCUGGAAACGGCGAAUCGGGAGUGGUGGUGGGGCACCUGCUCGGGGAAGUCCGGCUGGUUUCCGUCGCAGUUUGUCCGCUUGAGGGUGAGUCAGGAGGACACUGUGGAGGAUUGCCUUGCGGCGAUGGCGUCCGGCCACGGCAUCGCCACGCAGCUCCGUCGCAGAACCAGCAUCUCCUUGCUGAGUAACGACCAAGUGCGGACAAGUGUCGUGAAGGAGUUGCUCAGAACUGAGCGGGAUUUCGUCAAGGUUUUGGAGGACGUGGCCGAAGGCUACAUUGCCGAGUGUCGCAAACGCACCGACAUGUUCACCGAGGAACAAAUCAAGACCAUCUUCAUCAACCUGGAGGACAUCCUCCACUUCCAAGCCAAUUUUGUCAAAGACUUGGAGGCGCAAAUUGAUUUCGAAGCACCGUAUAAAAGUUGUGUUGGAGGUUGUUUUCUGAAGCACAGAGCUGGCUUUAAAAUGUACUCCGAGUAUUGCAACAGUCAUCCAACGGCCACAGCCGCCUUGCAAGAACUAUACCAAUAUAACCACUACAGUAAAUUUUUCGAGGCGUGUCGUUUGAUGCGCGGAUUAAUCGAGAUACCUCUUGACGGUUAUCUACUAACUCCAGUGCAACGUAUUUGCAAAUAUCCCUUACAGUUGGCUGAACUGCUCAAGUAUACCAGACCUGACCAUAAGGAUUAUGACGAAAUCAAGGAGGCCUUGGAUGCGAUGCGCGGCGUUGCCGUCUUGAUCAAUGAGAGGAAGAGGCGCAUGGAGAGUUUGGAGAAGUUGGCGGCGUGGCAACAGCGCGUGGAAGGGUGGGAGGGUGAGGAUUUGAUCGAUUCAAGCACACAAUUGAUCCAUCAAGGGGACGUGGUUAAGGUUACGACGGGGAUGUGGACGAAUAACAUCACCUUGUUUCUCUUCGACCACCAGGUCGUUUAUUGCAAAAAAGACAUUUUGAAGCGUAAUACGUAUGUUUACAAGGGCCGUAUUUGUACAGAUACGAGUGAAGUUAUCGAUGUAACCGAUGGAAAAGACAACCAUUUAGGCGUGAGCGUCCGCCAUGCCAUUAAAAUCCACAGUUGUAUUCGAGACAAAUGGUUACUUUUCUGUUGUCGCUCCUCGUCCGAUAAGCAACGAUGGUUGCAAGCUUUUGCCGAAGAGCGAAAACUUGUAGCUCAGGAUAAAGACGACGGUCUGGAAUUCCCCUCAUCGGCGAAACAACUUGCCAAAGUCGCCGCUAGAUGUCAGCGGCGGCCGCCGCGCAAACCGAGAGCUGGAAAAAGCUACAAACACCCCCCCACCUACAUGGGCUCCACCCUCCAGCUGAACUCGAACUCGUUGGGGCGUAAGGUGGGCACGUGGUUUACGUUCGGAGGACAUAAAAAAUCGCGCCAUCGUGACGUUUCCUGAGAUAAAACCACGUUGCUGUAACCAGGCAAAAAAGUGAAUUCCCGUUCUGUCUAGUGCCAAAAAGUGACUUUUUCAAUCGGGGUUUGAGGGUUACAGUAACGUUUGUUUGUUAUUUUCGUUAACCCCUAGUGAUAAAGGCUACUGCCGAUCGUGCUGUGCUAAAAAAAUGUGAACUCAAGGCCUAACUGUACAUAUUAAGAGGUCUCGUUUUAGUUUUUCGUAUUUGAAAUCCGACUGACGCACAAAUUAUUAUUGCAUUGCGAUAUCUCCUCGCACAGGGUAUUAUUAGGGCGCGACCGAUUGUAGAAAAAAUACUCUAUGGACCAAUUUUGUUUGCAUGAUCACUCUCGUUGUUGAAACUUUUCACUUUAAUAUUAUACCUUUGACCAUGAGGAAGAAACGAGUUUUUUAUAAAUACUACAACCUGUCUGUAGAUAAUUUUAGACUGUGACUAUAAUAGAGUAGUUGAAUGUAUAGUGUUGAUCAAUUCUUUUGUUUUUCACAUAUUUUUAUAACGCUUCACACUAAAAAUAAAACCGCAGUUGAGUUGAUGUAAAUGAGGCACGACUGUGCAAUUGUUAAAAUUUGUUAGUUAGAGACUCACGUUAUUGUUAAAUAUGUUUGAAUUUGAUGUAACAAUAAAAUAUUUUAUAUCAGAA